AUGACAAAAAUUUUAUUAGAAAAAGGAGCAGAUAUAAAUAAAAAAGAUUGCAAAGGAAUAACUUCAUUUAUUAUGAGUUGUCAUUGGAAUACUAAAGAACUUGGUUUUAACAUUAAUCCUACUUUUACAGUUUUAAUCAAAAGUAACUACAAUAUGGCAAAAUAUUUAUUGGAUAAAGGAGCAAAUAUAGAUAAUAUAAUGAAAUUACAUUUUAAAGAAAGUAAUAUAAAAUUAAAUGAAGAAUAACUUGAAUUCAUUGAAA